UUUCCCACUCAGUACAUUUGGCCGCGCACUAACAACGGCAACGGCUGCUCCAGUUCCCGCGUCAGAUCCUCAAGUAUCCCAAGCUAAGCUAAGGUCUCUCUAUAUAUAUAUAUAUUUUUUUUUUGGCAAUCAAGCGCGCGUCCUGAGCACAACACGUGCGGCAAGUUAAUAAACAAAGUGCAACAAGUGCAACAGUAACAAAAGCAAACCCAACAAAAGCAGCAGCAGCAAAACAAACAAAUUUAAAUAUAAAGCAGUUGAUCGAACUCUUGACCACGUGCAGGCGCAACAUGCAACAACAAUAAAGAAAUAGCAAAGCAGCGAGAGCAACAACAAAGCAGCAACGCAGCGACGUCACAGCAGCUGAAGUCAAAUUAGCAGAGACAGAGCAGACAAACUUGCAACAUGGUGCACGGUCCGCCCGCACGCAGAAAAUCCCAAGAGCAAGGCAGCUGCAAUGGCGGCAACGCGCCCUGCGAACUCGAGAUGGAGUCACAGCCCACUCCACCCGACGGUGGCUGGGGCUGGAUGGUCGUCUUUGGCUCCUUUAUGAUACACAUAGUUACCGAUGGCAUGACUUACUCCUUUGGCAUGUUCUACGAUGAGUUUGUCACUUAUUUCAACGAGGGCAGCGGCUACACAGCCUGGAUAGCCUCCAUAAUGGUGGGCGUUACCUUCUCAUCAGGACCCAUUAGCUCCUCGUUUGUCAAUCGUUAUGGCUGCCGAGCGGUCACCAUAGCGGGCGCCAUUUUGGCCGCAGCCUGCAUAAUCGUGAGCAUGUUUGCCCAAAAUGUGGCCACGCUUAUAGUAACCAUAGGCUUUGGCACGGGCCUGGGCUUCGGGCUCAUCUACCUGCCGGCCAUAGUGAGUGUGACGCAAUACUUUGAGGCGAAGCGCUCGCUGGCCACGGGCAUUGCCGUCUGCGGCUCCGGCUUUGGCACAUUUGUGUUUGCUCCGCUGACGGAGCAUCUGAUUGGCAACUAUGGCUGGCGUGGCGCGAUGCUAAUCAUUGGUGGCGUCGUGCUGAAUUGCAUAAUCUUUGGCGCCAUGUUUAGGCCACUGGAGGCGCCGCAGCCGAAGGCAACCAAAAAGGCAAUAGAUCAGAAUACAACGCCGGCGGAGCUGGAACCGCUGAAACAGAAGCCAGUGACGGAUCAGUAUCUGCAGCUGCCGCUUCAAACGCAGGCAGCGCCACAGCCAGCACUCUGUCGCUCCAACAGCGUGGGCCACAACCUCAAGCCAAGCUUGAACAACAACUCGAAUGGCGCUGUGAAUAGCACGGCCAUUGCCGUGACAAGUCUGAAGAGCAACAGCAAUGAUGACAUCGCACGCAGCUUUGCCAGCCAGCCGCAGUUGCUGCCACUGCGCGAGGCGCAUCGCGAGCACAGCGCCAGCGGCACCAUGUACCGCCCAGAUGCGCUCUAUCAGGGCUCGCUGCAUAAUAUACCGGAGUACGUGAGCUCCAGGAAUGAUCUGUCGGUGCGCUCGCGCUCUGGCUCUGGCGCCAUUAAGCGCUACGGCUCGCUGCGUCAAAGCCAUCCAUUAGGCCACAGCCAGGAGCUAACAAAAUGCUGCGGCUGCAUCAGUUGCUCCAAGGAGACGCACGAUACGUUUGCCGAAAUGAUGAACUUCUCGCUGCUGAAGGAUAUGAUCUUCUUGGUCUUUACCAUAUCGAAUUUCUGCACCAGCAUCGGCUUCAAUAUUCCCUACGUCUAUAUACCCGCCCACGCCAAGAUUCUGGGCAUGAGCAAGACGCAGGGCAGCUAUCUGAUUUCGGCCAUAGGCGUGGCCAACACAGUGGGACGCAUUAUACUUGGCUAUAUAGCGGACAAGCCCUGGGUGAAUCGCUUGCUUAUCUAUAAUGUCUGCCUGACAGCGUGCGGCGUUGCUACAACAAUGGUACCACUGUGCACGGAUUUUAAUUCACUGUUGAUCUACUGUUGUGUGUUUGGCUUUACAAUUGGCGCCUACGUGGGCUUGACUUCGGUGAUCUUGGUGGACUUGCUGGGCUUGGAUAAGCUCACCAAUGCAUUCGGCUUGCUGCUGCUCUUCCAGGGCAUUGCCAGUUUCAUUGGCGCGCCCAUAGGUGGCUUUAUGUUCGACAUCAAGCAUUCGUAUAACCCGGCCUUUGUCAUGGCGGGUCUGAUGAUUGCCGUCAGCGGUCUGGUCAUGUUCGCCAUUCCUCCCAUGCAGCGUUACCAGGCACGCAAGCCUGAUCCCAAGCUCAAUGGCGAACAGAUAGCUCUAAGUUAGUACGUCCCAAAGACGCACUUUAUAUUGGUAUUUAAUCUACAAAAAUCUACAUUGUUACAUUUUAUACCUAAUACGUAUACGUAAUAAUUUUUCCAAUUGUUUUUCACUACCAAAUUAAUUUACUUUUGAGUGUUUUUUUUUUUUUUGUUUCGUUAGCUUGUAAGUGCAGUUUGUAAUAAUAGCAGAGCCGCAACUGCGGCUUAGGUCAGGGCUAGAAUUCAAUAUUCAUAGCUAUAUGGCCUAUACAUUAAUUAUUUAUAAACAACAACAGUUGGCGGGGGGGUUUGGGGGUCGCCGCACUUUCAAAACACGCACACAUAUAUGAUUACGUUAUAUGUUAUUUUUGUUUGACACUUUAAAAGACUUUGGUUGGUUUUGUUAUGACAACAUUACAACAAUUGCAAAAGCAUGCAGCAAUUUUAUAUAUUUAUAGCUAAAAUGAAAUAUA